UUCGUCAGGCAUUCUUUUGAAACCAUGUAGCGCUGCCUGAAGCAUGAAGUCAUGCAGCCGGCCCAGGCCAUUUGGGAGUCCCGCUACCUCAACUCCACGGAGGCCUAUGCCGUGGUGCUCCGAUCCCUGGGGCGGCAGAGUUGGUGGCGACGGGCAGUGGAAAUGUUCCUGGAGAUGCCAGAGAAGCAGUUGGCUGUGGACCUCCGAGCGCUGAACGGCGUGCUGAGCGCUUGCGAGGAGGGUGGUGCCUGGCCAUGGGCGAUUCAACUGAUGGCUGAUGCCGUACCGGAGCUCUUGCCGGACGUGCCCUGCCUUCGAAAGGCUUUGAGCAGCUGUCGCAAGGGAUGUGCCUGGCGCUGGGCACUUGUGCUUCUGGAUGACUUUGAAGGCUUCGGCUUUCUGGUGGACGCCACCACCCUCCGCCAGGCCAUUGCCGCCUGUGAAGGCGCAGGCCGCGAAGCCAGAGAUGCCAAAGUUGCAUUGGAACGACGUCGGAAGCGGCAGGAGGUGGCCCAUGAUGCUCGUUGGCCAAUCCAGAAGAAGCCCGUCAAAACAGAAGUCUCCGAGCGGAGGACCAUGAAGCAAGAAGCUAUGAAGAAAUUGUCGAUGGGCACAACUUCAGGGCCGGAGGCGAUGGGAUAUAUUUCGCUCCUGCGAGCCAACUUCAAGCUGAGCUGUAAGGAGUACACGAUGCUCAUCUCUUUCUUGUCCACUCGGACCUUGUGGAAGAGUGCGCUCACGCUCUUUUCGGAGAUGCCGGAGCGUGAAGCCAUUCCAGACCAAACCGCCUACACCACGGCGAUCGCAGCAUGCCGUUUGGCCAAGCGCUGGACUCACGCGCUGGAGCUCUAUGCGAAGAUGUGCGAUGAGCUGAUGCCACCCACGAUCUCCACCUUGAAUGCGUUGAUCUCAGUCUGUGGUCAGUCUGAACGCUGGCGGGAGGCCUUGUUGGUCUUCGAAGAGAUUGCAGGGUUUUCGCUCCGCCCGGACGGGGUGACGUUGAAAGCGACCUUGGAAGCUGCCACCGAGGGCCGGCAGUGGCCCUUGGCGUUGCGCCUCUUGAGAGCCACCCCGCAGCCGGAGGCCUACCACUUCAAUCAAGCUCUUCGCGCCUGUGAGAGGUCCUCCUGCUGGCGCGAGUCGCUGCAGUUGUUGAAGGCUUUUUUUUCGUGGAGAACAGAGGGACAGCAAGGAUAUCCGGGACAGCAAUUUGGCGCCCUCCUUGCAGCAGUACCACUUUGGCAUCUCUGCUGUCAGUGCCGCAAGCUAUUGGAGUCUGGCCUUGGCCUUGCUGGCGGAGGCGGAGCAGAGUGGGCAGCGAGCACGGCCCGAAAGUGUGGAGGCAGUGCUCAAUGCCUGCCUGGUGGCAAGGCAGUCGGCCUUUGCUUGGCAGCUCUUGCCGAAGGGUUUGGAGCGAGGAAGUAUAGUCUCGGCGACGGAAAUGGUGGCAUCCCUCUACCAGACCCCAUGGCAGGAGACUCUGGAGCAACUAGCAGCCUGCCCCUCCUCCUGGCUUGCCGGAACGUUCCGGCCUGCCUUGCGCGCGAGCCGGGCGCCUGGAGCCUCAACAUUGGCCAAGAAACUGGCGGCCAAAAAGCAAGCGCAUAG